AUGGCGUCGAAAUACGGAUUCGCGAAGCAAUUGAGGGAGCUGAGGUUCCUGUUCUGCCAGACGAGCGAGCAGAGCGCGCCAAUGAGGAACUUCCUCACCCGGACGUACCCCACCAUGAAGAAGCACAACCCGCACACGCCCAUCAUGAUCCGAGAAGCCAGCGGCAUCGAGCCUAAAGUCUAUGCGAGAUACGAAUUCGGCAAAGAGAAGAUGAUCGCUCUGAAAGGCCUCGACGACAAAGCGAUCGAGCAGCAAGUUACCGAGCUGGUUAAGACACCGAUAUGAGCUAGGGAGGGCACGGGAGCGAAGGACACAUCGAGCAACUAUAAGAAUCUGCGGACGCUGAAUAAGUGGCAUGAGGCUCAUGCGCGGCCAAUGUAAAUGUGUAUUAUGAUGAACAUACCAUUUCAAACACUCCACCGGCAAAGAUCGGGUCUCAGCAUCAUUCUGUCCCAGUUCAAACUUACAUUGUUCAGUUCUCGG